CACGACACCUGGAGGUCAGGAUCCAGGACUUCGUCAGGAGAGUGGAACAAAGAAAACUACUGCUGGACAUGUCCGUCUCCUUCCACACGCACACUAAAGAGUUGUGGACGUGGAUGGAGGACCUGCAGAAGGAGCUUCUAGAAGAAGUUUGUUCUGAUUCGGUUGACUCGGUUCAGGAGCUGAUCAAACAGUUUCAGCAGCAGCAGACAGCCACACUGGAGGCCACACUCAACGUCAUUAAAGAGGGAGAAGACCUUAUGCAACAACUCAGGGAUUCAGCGAUGAGCAGUAAUAAGAUGCCUCACACGAGCUCUAUCGUAACGGCGGAGUUAGACGCGUGGAAUGAGGACCUGGUUCGUCAGGUCAGCGAGUUCACCGCAGAAGAACCCAGUCUGGCUGAACAAAGACUCCAGCGGCACGCGGAGAGAAAACUGGCCAUGAACAACAUGACCUACGAGGUCAUGCAGCAGGGUCAAGACCUGCAUCAGUACAUCAUGGAGGUCCAGGCUUCAGGUAUUGAGUUGACCAGUGAGAAGGAGGUGGAUCUGGCCACUGAAGUUCAGGAGCUGUUGGAGUUUCUAAAUGAGAAACAGCAUGAGCUGGACUUGAGCGCUGAACACACACAGAAACACCUGGAGCAGUGUGUGCAGCUGUGCCACCUACAGGCUGAGGUUAAACAGGUUCUGGGUUGGAUUCGUAACGGUGAGUCUAUGUUGGAUGCCAGUAUGGUGAACGCAAGUUCACUGUCAGAGGCCGAACAACUACAGAGAGAGCAUGAGCAGUUCCAGCUCGCGAUAGAGUCUCUGUUUCAUGCUAACUCUCUUCAGAAGACCCAUCAGAGCGCACUGCAGGUGCAGCAGAAGGCCGAGAUCAUGUUACAGGCCGGACACUUCGACCCUGAGGCCAUCCGCAGCUGUGCUGAGAAGGUGGCAGUACACUGGCAGCAGCUCAUGCUGAAGAUGGAGGACAGACUCAAGCUGGUUAACGCCUCUGUAGCCUUCUACAAGACAUCCGAACAGGUGUGCAGCGUGCUGGAGAGUCUGGAGCAGGAGUACCGCAGAGACGAGGACUGGUGUGGAGCUCAUGAUAAACUGGGGUCUUCAGCAGAGACGGAUCAUGUGCUGCCGCUCAUCAGCAAACACCUGGAGCAGAAAGAGGCUUUUCUCAAGGCGUGUACUCUGGCCAGGCGAAAUGCUGAGGUGUUUCUGAAAUACAUCCAUCGGAAUAACGUCAGCACUCAGGGAUCAUCCAGCAACACGCGCGGCCCUCAGCAGCAGGUCAAAGUCAUCCUGAAUGAACUGCUACAGAGGGAAAACAGAGUUCUGCAUUUCUGGACCAUGAAGAAGCGGCGUUUGGAUCAGUGUCAGCAGUAUGUGGUGUUUGAACGCAGCACCAAACAGGCGUUAGAGUGGAUCGAGGAGGCAGGAGAGGUGUAUCUCGCCUCUCACACGUCCCCAGGAGACUCGGUGGAGAAAACUCAGGAACUGCUGAGAGAAUAUGAAGAAUUCCGCGUCUCUGCCAAGCAAACAAAGGAGAAAGUGAAGAUGUUGAUCCAGCUGGCAGAUAAUUUUGUGGAGAAAGGGCACACGCACGUCACCGAGCUGAAGAAGUGGGUGACAGCAGUGGACAAGCGCUACAGAGAUUUCUCCCUGCGUAUGAGCAAAUACCGCUGCAGUCUGGAGAACACGCUGGGCAUCAGCUCUGAGGUACUGUUUAUUAUAGCAGAGCUGUUACAGACAGAAAAGGCUUAUGUGAGGGACUUACACGAAUGUUUAGAGACGUAUUUGUGGGAGAUGACCAACGGCGUAGAGGAAAUCCCUCCAGGAAUCGCCAACAAAGAGCACAUCAUCUUUGGAAACAUCCAGGAGAUUUACGACUUCCAUAAUAAUAUAUUCGUGAAAGAGCUGAUCAAUUAUGAGCAGUUACCCGAGGAUGUGGGCCAUUGCUUUGUUACAUGGGCUGAUAAGUUUAAUAUUUACGUGACAUACUGCAAAAACAAACCAGAUUCCAGUCAGCUCAUCCUAGAGCAUGCUGGGAGUUUUUUUGACGUAAUCUUGUUUUUUCAGCAGACUUAAAAUUACUCUAUAUCAUCAUACCUCAUCAAACCUGUGCAGAGAAUCACCAAAUACCAGCUGCUGCUCAAGGAGCUGCUGUCCUGCUGUGAAGAAGGUAAAGGUGAAAUUAAGGACGGGCUGGAGGUCAUGUUGAGUGUGCCAAAGAGAGCCAACGACGCCAUGCACGUCAGCAUGCUUGAGGGUUUUGAUGAGAAUCUGGAUGUUCAGGGUGAACUCAUCCUGCAGGACACCUUCCAGGUGUGGGACCCCAAAUCUCUGAUCCGUAAGGGACGAGACCGCCACCUCUUCCUCUUCGAGAUCUCCCUCGUCUUCAGCAAAGAAAUCAAAGACUCAGCGGGACGAUCCAAAUACAUCUACAAGAACAAACUACUGACUUCUGAAUUGGGGGUGACAGAACAUGUGGAAGGAGACCCGUGUAAAUUUGCCCUGUGGGUGGGACGCACACCCUCAUCCGACAACAAGACUGUCCUGAAGGCAUCCAGUAUUGAGGUGAAGCAAGAAUGGAUUAAAAACAUCCGAGAGGUCAUUCAGGAGAGAAUCAUUCACCUGAAGGGGGCGCUAAAGGAACCGAUCCAUGCUCCCAAAACCCCAGCCAAACCCCGCAACAACAGCAAGAGGAGCUAUGAGGCGCCCUAUCAAAUCAAAUAUAAUGGUCUCUAUGUGUGUGUGUGUGUGUGUGUGUGUGUGAGAGAGACAGAGGAUAUUAGGACUUUACUGACAGAAUGUAUGAGCCGGUUUUCUGUGAUCACACUGGUGUGGAGACAAGUUAAGCACUCUGCUCUCUCCGGAGGGUGCGAGCUGACGGUGGUCCUGCAGGACUUUGUGGCGAGCGGCGCGUCUGAGCUCAACGUCCAGACCGGUCAGACGGUGGAGCUGUUGGAGCGGCCCAGCGACCGGCCGGGAUGGUGUCUGGUCCGGACCACAGACAAGACCCCCCUUCAGGAGGGACUGGUGCCCAGCAGCGCUCUGUGUAUCUCUCACUCUCGCAGCAGUGUGGAGAUGGACUGCUUUUUUCCAGCAGGCAAAGAAAACGAUGCGAUUAGCGGCCCAGAAGGGAAGACCGAGUCCGUGGCCACAUUACAGCCGCAGGCAUCCCUGAACUCCCUGCAGAGCAGCUCCCCUGGACCCAAGCGCUCUGGGAAUACACUGAAGAAAUGGUUGACCAGCCCAGUCCGGCGCCUCAGUCACGGAAGCAACAUCAAGAAAAUCCCUAGCAAACAGAAGCAGAAACGUGAUGGACGUAAGAGCAUUGAUCUGGGACCGCCUGAGCUACAGGAUGACACUCUGGAGGAGAGAGUGCGUAAAGAAAAAGGAACACUCUCCAAAUCUUCGUCAGGGAUGCACAGCGGAGGAGAGGAAGAGCCUGAGGACGAGUCCCACACUCCCCUCCCUCCACCAAUGGAGAUCAUCAAAGACCCGUCUGCUCAGGAAGAGAAGUCGUCUGUGCUGCUGGCUUCACGGCAGAGCUCGGCUGACGUCCCCAGUGCUGCUGAGCUUGUCAGUGCUAUAGAAAAACUGGUCAAAACUAAGAUGACACUGGAGCCAGGCUCGUACCCAGGAUUCAGCUCAGUGAACCCAGCAGAGCAGAGCCCAGCGCCUCCCAGAGACCCGGAACUGGAGCAGAAAGCCAAAGCACUGCGUGGACGAAUGUUUGUUCUCAAUGAAUUAAUCCAGACAGAAAAAGACUACGUGAAAGAUUUGGGUAUCGUGGUCGAGGGGUUUAUGAAGAGGAUAGAGGAGAAAGGAGUUCCUGAUGACAUGAAAGGAAAAGAUAAGAUCGUCUUUGGAAACAUUCACCAAAUCUAUGACUGGCACAAAGACUUUUUUGUUGGUGAACUGGAAAAAUGUCUUGAAGAUCAAGAAAAACUGCCCGGGCUGUUCUGUAAACAUGAGAGAAGACUGCACAUGUAUGUGGUUUACUGCCAAAACAAACCCAAAUCUGAAUUCAUUGUUGCAGAAUACGAUUCAUACUUUGAGGGGAUUCAGCAAGACAUCAACUCAAGACUGGGCAUCAGUGAUUUUCUCAUUAAACCCAUUCAGAGAAUCACUAAAUACCAGCUUUUAUUAAAGGACUUCUUGAAGUACAGCGCAAAGGCAGGAUUGAAUUGUCAGGAUAUAGAGAGAGCAGUAGACCUGAUGUCCCAGGUGCCCAAGCUGUGCAAUGACAUGAUGAACCUGGGAAGACUGCAAGGAUUUGAGGGGAAGUUGACGAGUCAGGGAAAGCUCUUGCAGCAGGAGACGUUCUUUGUGACGGAGCAGGACACUGGUGUUCUGUCCCGCAGUAAGGAGCGCAGGGUAUUCCUGUUUGAACAGAUCGUCAUCUUCAGCGAGCUCUUACGCAAAGGCUCAUCCACGCCAGGAUACCAGUUUAAAAAGAGCAUCAAGGUGAGCUUGCUCAGCCUAGAAGAGCAUGUUGAAAACGAUCCAUGCAAGUUUGUGCUGUCGUGUCGUGGGUCAGCCGAACGUUUCACCCUGCAAGCAGCAAAUACGGACAUUAAACAGGUCUGGGUUCAGCAUAUCACCGAGCUACUAGACUUGCAGAGCAACUUCUUGUCAGCUCUGCAGUCUCCCAUCGAGUAUCAGAAGGAGCGCAGCGGCUCUCAGUCUCUGACCCGAAACUCCUCCAGCGGUGGCCGAAUGGGUCAGGCCAACAGCAGGCCCAGCUCCACUGUGUCACUCGGGGCAGAGAAACCCACUCUGUCUGGACGGAGCUCCACUCCAAUAAAGCUAACUACCUCCAACGGUGGUCCAUGCCACGGCUCGGACAGAUACCACAGGUUUGGCGAUGUGGGCUGUAACGGUACGUCGUCCUCCUUGAUGGUGACUCAGGACUAUAAUGCACUGAAAGAAAACGAGAUCUGCGUCAUGCAGGGUGAGACGGUGCAGAUACUGGCCACUAACCAGCAGAACAUGUACCUGGUGUACCGAUCCGCUAACAGCCAGUCGCCGGCCGCGGAGGGCUGGGUGCCGGGACACAUCCUGGGGCCCCUCGCUAAACCCCUCAUAGACACUACUGCAGACUCAAACAUCAAGAAAUCUCUCUCUUGGAACACGCUUCGUGCUCGCAAGCGUGCAGAGAAGGACAGUGCGCCCCUCAAAAGUGACAUUAAAGUUGAGAAUGGACUGCGUAAGCCAAAGGAAAUUCUCAGCAGCAAAGUCACUGUGAAAGAUUCCCGCAGCUCAGAUGAGUCCGAGUGUGAGGAUGAACUAGACCCCAAAACUAGUAUGGAGUUACUGAAUCCUAAUUUCAUCCAGGAGGUGGCUCCGGAGUUCCUGACGCCUCUAGCGGACGUGGCGUGUGCUCUGGGGGAGACAGUGGUUUUGUGCUGUAAAGUCUGCGCUCGACCCAAGCCCACAAUCACCCUGAAAGGACCCGAUCAAAGUCUGCUAGUCAACAAUAACCGAUUCACUAUCAAUAUUAGGGAAUCGGGUAAUAUAGUGUUGAAGAUCUGUAAUCUAAUGCCUCAGGACACUGGCAUCUACACGUGUGUGGCUGUGAAUGAUCAUGGCACUGCCUCCUCAUCUGCAUCUAUUAAAGUACAAGGUAUCCCAGCAGCCCCUGCUCGUCCUGUGGCACAGGAAGCCAGCAGCACCGCAGUGAUUGUCCACUGGCUUCCUCCAGCCAGCUCAGGCAACUCUGCCAUCUCCAGCUACAGUGUGGAAUACAGGCAGGAAGACUCUCUGGUGUGGCAGCAGUCGGUGGUCUCCACUGCAGACGUGUGUGUGAAGAUUGAGAAUCUGAUUCCUGGUGGCCAUUAUCAGUUCAGAGUCAGUGCCAGUAACCCCUGGGGCAUCAGCCCACCCAGUGAACCCUCAAACAUGGUGACAUUACCCAGCACAGCCUCAACUUAUGACGGCACUGGAAUCCAGUGGAAAGACAACUUUGAAUCUGCAUUCACAGAAUUGUGUGAAAUUGGACGGGGCCGUUUCUCAGUGGUGAGGAAGUGUCUCAGUAAGGCCAGUAAGAAGGAGGUUGCUGUGAAGUUUGUCAAUAAGAAGAUGCAGAAGAAAGACCAGGUGGCCCAUGAGGCUGAUAUCCUGCGUCACGUCCAGCAUCCGCAGCUGGUGGCGCUGCUUGGUACCUACGAGUCGCCCAAGGCCUACAUGCUGGUUCUUGAGCUUGUUGAGGAUGGGCGUCUGCUGGACUAUCUGGUGGCUCACGAUGAGCUGAUGGAGGAGAAGGUGGCGUUCUUCAUUAAAGACACACUGGAAGCUCUGCAGCACCUGCACACAUGCAGAGUAGCUCAUCUGGACCUCAAGCCUGAAAACCUGUUGGUGGACCUCCACGCGCCGGCGCCCUGCGUGAAGCUCUCAGAUCUGGGCGAUGCUGUACAUGUUUCGGGUCACCGCUAUGUGCAUCUCCUCCUGGGGAACCCUGAAUUUGCCGCUCCAGAGCUCAUCCAGGGCACCCCGGUGUCCCUGUCCACAGACGUGUGGAGUGUAGGGGUGCUGGCCUACGUCAUGCUCAGCGGAGUCUCCCCGUUCCUGGACGAGAGUCUGGAGGAGACCUGCGUCAACAUCUGCAGGCUGGACUUCUGCUUUCCUGAGGAGUACUUCAGUGGCGUUAGCCAGGCCGCCAAAGACUUCAUUGUGUCCACGCUUCACCAGGAUCCCAGGAAGAGGCCGAGCUCAGCUACAUGUCUGCAGCACCCGUGGGUCAGCGCUCAUAGUGGAGAUUACUCCAAAACACCGCUGGACACUGUCAGACUCGCUGCGUUUAUAGACCGCCGCAAACAGCUGCAUGAUGUCAGACCUGUCACAAACGUUAAAGGACUGGUCAGCAGCAGUAUGGGACACACCUUAUGAGAGGAGAACAUGGGCUGGAGGAAAGAGAUUCUAGCAUGUUACAUGCUGUACUUCAACAUUAGAUGUCAUUUACAUUAUAUCAUUUCAUUGGGAAUGUGCACUUACUGUACGCAGUGUUUCCUGCAGCGUUUCUUGGCCUGCUCCGUUAUGACUUGUUGCCCAGGGAGUUCAACACUUUUGAGACCUUUAGUGAUUAAUAGAUUGAGAAACUACAAGUAGACAGGAAUUGUGGGAAUCGCAGAGUUAGGAGUAGUAACACCAGUGAAUGUCAUAUUAAGGCUUAGGGUGAUGUGUUUUGGAACUUUAAGAGUCCUAAACAGACCAGUAGGUGGGUGUUGUUGUAUGUUCAGUUGUAUUGAGGGCUUUUACAGGAAAACUUUAACCAAAAACAACAAUUCUGCCAUCACUUACUAGUGCUGUUCCAGACUCGUAAGGUGUGCUAAAACAAAAAGAGAUUUGUUUGACAAAUGUACAUGCUGCUCUUUUCCAUUCAGUGAAAGUAAAUCGAAAAAGCUCUCAAAUCUCAUUUGUGUUC